AGUUCACACAAUUCAUAAUCACAGAACCCUCGACCAUGGCGUCAAGCAUCCCAGAGCCACGGCAAGAGCAACAUGUAGCACCUGGUUCGAAGUGGAGGGAACGAUCGAGUGGAAACGCCAGUAGUGGGAAAGAUCCACAAAAGAAAAUUCCUUUGGUCCAGAAAGCAAGACAUCCCGCUUAUUAUUAUCCCGCAGAACAACCCAAACAAGAGAAUGGUCAGCAUUAUUAUAGCGAGAAGCCAAAGGGAACAAUGAAAAGAUCCCAGCAGAACAGUGCUGAUCCGGAUGACCCCAUGAUUACAAGCUUGAUAAGAAAACAGUGGAUCUUUCGUGAUCCUGCGGCGGACGAUCCCCUGGAGAUUGCGUUGCAGUUCAAGAGCAUGGCAUUAUCCAAUAUCAGCAAUACCCAGCAAACAUUUACCAUGACAGUCAUGGAAGAUGUUGCCGUCUGGAUCACCCGAGAAGAGUUUGAGGCUUUCUGCCGUUGUCCCGACAAACAAGACUUCAAACCGCAUCAUUUUGUCAAUACGUACGUGUACAAUUCCAGCGAAACACAGUGGCACGAACCUCACAGAACAUUGGAAGGAUCUCCCUAUCAUAUCCGAGAUAUCUUUGGCGACAACAAGUGCUGGGCAUUUCGUCAGAGACAGGGGAAAAUUGUCUUUCAUUCUCCCUUUGACUUGCACAACUUUCCCUUUGACGUCCAAGACUUGACCUGCAAGUUUGCUCUCUACACAUAUUCCAACUGCAGCACUGUCAAACGUGUCCUCGUGCGUCCCAUGUACGGUGGCACCACCUUUUCCAGGUUAUUUGUAGACCCCAACGACGAAUACAAAGUCCACCGCGAGCAUCGAACCUUUUUCGAAAGCAAGGGAUACGUCUGCUGUACCUACAAGUUUAGUCGAGAAUGGAUCUACUACUUUUGGAAGGUCAUGGUAGUGCUCAGUAUUGUCACAUUGACAUCCUUGGCCAGUUUUGUCUCCUUUGGAUCCUACUUGGAACAAAUCACCCAUCUUUCUACGGUCCUCUUGACUGACAUGGCGUAUCUAUUCACGAUUCAGAGCCAUAUGCCAACGCUGCGCUACCUGACUCUAUUGGAUUGGUGGGUGUUUGGCAACAUUUUCUACGUCUUUGUCAUGUUUAUGGAAGUAACACUCAUUGAAAAGCUGGAGAUUGACAUGGAACAGCGGCCAGGGGGUCAGGAUGGGUUGAGACUCAUGUCCAUUGUGUUCUUGGCCAACUUGGCAUGUUGGGCAAUCCUUGUCUUUAUAUUUGUCAUGAUUGCAGUCAGGGCACGGCAAAAAGAAAGGAAAAAGUUGGGCAAUCCAGCCAAGGAAGAUGAUUGGAUGAAGGAGGAGCAUGAACCUUUUGAGUGCAAUUUGUUCGGUGGUGGAUCCGACAUGGCUUUGAUGUUGGGCUGAUCGGUGUACCAGGUAGUACGAGGUUUGAAUGUCACCACCAAACACUUUGACAAUUAACUCUCCUUUGCAAUAGCAACGAUUUGUUGGUUCAAGAUUGAUCCAUGAGAGAAUUGAAAGCAGACAUGGCAUCUUUUGUGGAUGGAGAAGCAGCCAGAAAAGUUUGGCCACAGCAGCGGAUUCUGCCCGUGCCACCCAUCACCUUUUCGGCGUGACCAUCAUUUGUCCAAUUCAAAUAAAAAAGCAUGAUCUGGCUGCGAUGUUUUGGAGACUCGCGAUGGGGACGAAUGUUGAAUCGGGACGACCAAGAGAUGGUGCUGCAGGAGCUUCACGAGGUACAUAUUUCGAGCCAAUCUUCCUGCAAGCACACAUGCAGCAGACUAUAGCAACAGACUAUAGCAAAAUCAUUGAUUGUAGCUCUCGAGUUGAUUCUAUUUUCUAUGAUAGCAAUCUUCCUUAUGAAGCUUUUCUAAGAUG